UGCCUCCCUCCGGGCUACGUCCACCCGGCGCCUCUCCUCGUGUUUAUUUAUACACACACGCACACACGCCUUUCUCGCUAGCCACCACUACUCAGAGGAAGGAAGAUCAAACGACGAAGCAAAGCAAGCAAGCAACGAGCGAGCGUCGGCAUCACGGGCAUGGGGGAGCAGGGCACCAGCGGCGGCGAGGGCGGCGGCAACGUGGUGGAGGCGCAGGCGCCGGCCAAGAAGGGCAACGGUCGCGCAGCCGACCCGCGCCUCCAGGGCAUUUCCGACGCCAUCCGCGUCGUCCCGCACUUCCCCAAGCCAGGGAUCAUGUUCAACGACAUCACGGCGCUGCUGCUGCGGCCGGGCGUGUUCAAGGACGCCGUGGACAUGUUCGUGGAGCGCUACCGCGGCAUGGGCAUCGCGGCCGUCGCAGGUAUUGAAGCGAGAGGGUUCAUAUUUGGCCCGGCGAUCGCGCUGGCUAUCGGAGCCAAAUUCAUACCGCUGCGCAAACCCGGCAAACUCCCAGGUGAGGUGAUUUCCGAGAAUUAUACGCUCGAGUAUGGGACGGAUUGCUUGGAGAUGCAUGUUGGAGCCGUCGAGCCCGGAGACCGUGUGGUGGUGGUGGAUGAUCUGGUUGCAACCGGUGGGACACUUUCAGCAGCCAUAAAACUUCUUGAACGCGCCGCAGCUGACGUUGUUGAGUGUGCAUGCCUCAUCGGACUCCCUAAGUUUAAGGAUUUCUACAAGCUCGAUGGAAAGCCAGUUUACAUACUGGUGGAGUCCCGCAAAUAAAAAGUAAGAUGAUGAUGAUUGAUCAGAAAAAGGAUCACAGCUUCAUUCGUUUGCAAGCGCGCAUGGUGGAUGUGUAUUGAUAACUCUGCAGUACACUGUCAGGGGCAGCUGCUAUUGCUAAGUGUCGUGGUGGAGAGGGUGAGAUAGAUGAGAUGUAGUCUUCCUAGCACUAGUUUUCAAGUAGUGGAGUAUUUGACGAGAGCUUGUAAUUAUUUCUGUCGGGAAUCAUCACCGUUAGCCGCAAAGAGAAGAACCAUCCUGUUGUUCAGGUUCUUCUACCAGAUUUUUCCUGUGUAUCUCAGCAUUAGUUUAUUC